AUGGACGCCUCCGAAGACCGGUUCUACGGCUCCCAAACGCCGGACCGUUCCGAGACUAACAGUCCCCGCUCGCAGAUGAGUAGUCCGAACUCCUCAUCGUCCAUCAACGUAACUGACCAAUCUCUAUCGUUAUCCCAACACCAGCAAAACUUAGAGACUUUAAACAGAAUGGGAAUGUUCUUCCACGCGCAGCAGAUGCAGUUGAAUCAAAGUUUCGACGCGGUUAAGUCUAGGUUAGGUCUGACACAAGUGGCUAGUGUUAGUCAGGGGCCCAGGCAUACGAUAGACGCUAUACUGGGUUUGAACAGUGGCCGGCAGUCCGGCAGAGUGCAGAGUGAGUUCGAAGGAAGAAGGGAUGAGGGGGACACGGUGCCGGUAUCGCCUGGUGCCGCGGAGAGUGCUGGUUAG